CAAACAACACACUCUUUGUGCAACGCAUUUCCAUUGCUAUCAAGCAAGCAAUUAAACCCAAAAUUUAACAUUUUCCAUGCAAUUACAAUUAUUGUUGCACAAUAGUCUGUAGCAGCAAUCGCUAAAGGAAGACGCAACGCCACACAGAGUGAAGCUGGACAGUGAUGACGGCCAGGAAUCCACAAACAUUAAUGGCUCUGCCAAAUGAGGAGAAUUUCGACUUUUUAUUCAAAAUUGUGUUGAUUGGAGACUGUUGCACGGGCAAAACAUCGAUAUUGCAACGUUUCAAAACCGGCAACUAUGUAGAGCGGCAUGGAAACACGAUUGGUGUGGAUUUCUCAAUGAAAACCAUUGAAGUCGAGGGCAAACUAGUCAAGCUACAAAUCUGGGAUACUGCUGGGCAGGAACGCUUCCGUACCAUCACGCAGAGCUAUUAUCGAGCCAACAAUGGCGUCAUAAUAGUCUAUGACAUCACAAAGCGAUCAACAUUCGCCAAUCUGCAAAAGUGGAUCGAGGAGGUGCGCAGAUAUACGGCUUCCAAUGUGCUUAUCAUUCUAAUUGGCAACAAAUGCGAUCUGGAAGAGGAGCGCGAGGUGGACUUCGAGGAGGCGCGUCAAAUGUGUCAAUAUAUACCUGAAAUCUUGUUUGUUAUGGAAACCUCUGCCAAGGAGAAUACCAAUGUCGACGAUGCCUUUCGCUGCCUGGCCACCGAACUGAAGCGACAACACGAUUCGAGCAGUGUGCAAGCUAUGGAUGAGAACACUGUACAGCUAGGCCAAGGGAAGCCCCUCAAGAGCUGCAGCAGUUCGUGCAACCUAACAUAAAAGACAGCUGCAAUCUUUUCUCAUCUCAUGUUGAAUAUUAUGUUUUUUAUUUGACUUUAUGAUUUUGUGAUCAAACUGUUCAUGUGGCUAUAUAAUCGUAGUGUAUUUAUAAUUCUAAGUCCUAAAAUCUUCUGUUAAUUUCGAUGUUUACUUGCUAGGACGAGUAUCGAACAAACACCAUCGUCAUCAUUAUCAUAUUUUACAAACAUAUUAAUAUUUAUUUUGGGUGGUAAGAGUACAAAAUAAUCUCACACAUUAUUCACAUCUAAUAGCAUCAACAAACAAUCAAACAAGGCAAUGAAUUAGCGACGUCAAUUACAAUGCAAUGAUAGUUCAGUUCAUAACAGUAAGAAAUACGUCCAAAAUUCUGUGUAUGAUGU